GUCCCCCCCCCUUCGCCCGCGAGCGCGCAGUCAGGUGCCCGGCGCGGGCCGCGCGGCGCAUCGCGGCGCGCCCUCUGGCCCUGCACGCCUGGGUGCGGCCGAGCACUUCCCCUUUCGGGGGGGGGGCCGUAGGCGGGCGCGGGGCGCGGCAGUGCGUCGCCGGCAGUGAAUGCGUGCAGAGAACAAUAGAGGAAGGCACCCAUGAGCCAAGGAGGACGCAGAAGAGGGAGGCAUGGAGGGAGGGAGGUCUGGAGGCGCCGCGGCUGACGACGCGUUCUAGAGCAGCGCGGCGGGCCGCCGCGCCGCGGUAAAGACCGAAUGCGGGCAGGACGCCGGGCGCCGUCGGGUGCCCGCGGCGCUGCCCUCCCGCUGCCCUCCCACCCUCGGGGGCGGCCAAGGAAGGGGGCAGCUUCGUGGCAGCCUUGGGCACGACGGUGGCAUGCCUGGCCGAGCUCGGCAAUCCGCGGGCCCUCGCCGGGCCCCGGGGGGCUGUCAAGCACCUGCCCGAGAAUGAGACCAGCAGCAGCAGCAGCAGCAGCAGCCCUCCCCUCGAUCCACACGCUGGCCCUCCAGCUCCAGGUCCGCAGCUCAUUUGCGUCAUUGAAACACGUGCACCAGCCUUCUGGCUCGGGCGGACCGCAUGCGAGAUGUCACCAGCCCUUUCGGUGCCACCAGGUCAAUGCACGGAAGGCGAAUUACGCGGGCACGUCAAUAGACCGGGAGGCGGCCGGGGGGCCCGAGCUGGACCGCAGGGAAAACCGUCGAGCGGUGGGGACGAGAGGACACACUGGAGGAGGAGGAGGAGAGAGAAGGAGGAAGAGCAGAGACUGCUGGGGAAGCGGGCCCCAGCCCGCGGCCUGGGGCACAUUUGGCCGAGUCGCCUGGCCCCGCGCGCGCGGGGCUCGGGGCUGCGGCGGUCGAGCACACCGUGAGGCCGCGGGCGACGGGUCAGACGCAGCAGAACUUCUUCUUCUUGGCAACAUGGCGCCGUGCCCGUCGCCGUGGCCGUCCGCCGCGUGCGCGUCGCCGUGGCCGCCGGCCGCCCCCGCCGUGGCCGCCGUGGCCGCCGUCGCCGUGGCCGCCGUGGCUGUCCGCGCCGUGGCCGCC